ACGCCACCCAUAAGUCCACCACAGGUCACUUGCCCAACUAUGCCCCUGAAAAUCACGAUCCCGCAGAAAGAACUCACUCCAAAAGAAGAGCGCAAACUUAACACUCGUGUCGCUGCAGCAGCACGUUGGGUACCGAAACUCACGAGACCAUUUCCUGCUCGCAGCGAGACGACCAAGGCAUACCCUCUCAAGCUUAUGAGGCACUACUCUGGUCGUGUAACAUCUACUGAGCCAAAUUUCGUCAAACCAAGGAUCGAUAGGUCUUCUCGCGUAGAGAAACUAUUACACGGGUUUCCUACUUUGAGCAUGUCAACCACAGGACAAAGGGUGGGUCAUACGGAUUUUGAAGCGCUCAGAGCGAACAAGAGGAUCACGAAAAGUGAAAAGGGUCGACAACUAGCAUGGAAGAACUUCGCAUCACGGGAAAUAGGUAGGGAAGAUCGCGGACGGGAGGCGAUGUUGCAGUCAGGCCUGUUCACGGAUGACUUGGUCAGAGAAAGCAAUGGUCAGCAGAACCAGCUACCGGAGUGGAGAAAGCUGAGGACCGGAAAGUUUGCCCGGAUGAAUAAUGGUGAAUAGAGAUGUUUUCAUGCGUG